CAGUUAACAAUUUAUCGCAUUUCGACGCAGCGUCGCAUACGCUUCCAAUUUUCUGCUCCUUCCGCACAUUUGCUCUUGAAAUUUCACAGACCAUCCUUCUCCCGCCCCUCCCCGUCGGCUACUUUUUCAAUUUUCCGACCUUUUUUCUGAAGCAAAUUUCAUGUAUAUAUAUAGAGGGUAGCAAUUGAUUAUACAGAUUCUAAGAACUGUGUGGUAAUUUCAAGAUCGUAGAGGAAAAGAAAAAGUAGAGGAGGAAUGGCACCAAUCGUGGGUUCAAAGCAAGCGGAACAACUAAAGCAAGAUGGGAACAAUUAUUUUCAGAAGAAUCGGUUUGGGGCUGCCAUUGAUGCUUAUACCGAGGCUAUUACUUUGUGCCCUAAUGUUCCGAUAUAUUGGACAAAUCGUGCUCUAUGUCAUCGGAGGCGGAAUGACUGGAGAAGAGUGGAGGAAGAUUGCAGGAGGGCGAUUCAGCUCGAUCAUAAUUCUGUAAAGGCCCACUAUUAUCUUGGUCUUGCAUUGCUACAAAAGGAAGCAUUUGGUGAAGGUGUGAGAGAAUUGGAAAAGGCAUUAGACCUUGGAAGAGGUGCGAAUCCAGGAAGAUAUAUUGUUGGAGAGAUCUGGGAAGAGCUUGCUAAAGCAAAGUACAUGGAGUGGGAGCAUGUAUCUACAAGGCGCUCCUGGGAGCUUCAGAACUUGAAAGAAUCAUGUGAGUCAGCUCUCAAGGAGAGACAUACGCUUGACAGUUCUCAGACAGAAGGGCUCAAAGAUGAAAAAUCAACAGCGCUUUUGAAGCAACUGGAAGCUCUAGGUAAGGUUUUCGUGAAAGCUGCAGCAGAUGAUACUCCAACUGAGGUUCCCGAUUACUUGUGUUGUAAAAUUACUCUUGAUAUUUUUCGUGACCCUGUUAUUACUCCGAGUGGGUUUACAUAUGAGCGGGCUGUGAUCCUUGAGCAUUUGCAAAAGGUGGGAAAAUUUGAUCCAAUCACAAGAGAACCACUUUUGCCGUCCCAGUUGGUGCCAAACCUGGCCAUAAAAGAAUCUGUGCGGGCAUUUUUGGAUAGGCAUGGCUGGGCAUAUAGGAUACAGUAAACUUUUCGUUGGGCGUACAGGACGCAUGUCCUUGGUGGUGCUAGUGAAACCAAGAACAGAACCAUAGGGGCGGAGGACACAUCUUUUGGUGCUAGUCAUCUGGCUAACUGCUUCCCAUAUAAUUCAGUAUUAACAUGGUUUCCUGUGUAAUUCAUGAUAACCUCAGUUGUACAGUGUAGUGCUUUUGUACAUUAAUUGUACGGCAAACCAUCACGAGUAUUUUGUAAGAUGUUACACUGAUAUACUGUUGAUCUAAUGAAACAAUAGUUUUUUUGAUAUA